UUCGGCUCUGCUCCCGCGGGAAUGGCUAGCAAGGGGGAGGCAUGAGCGGGGCUCGCCGGCAGCCGCGCGAGCGCUCCCGGGCCCGCCUGACACGUGCGCUCCAGGCUGCGCCUCCAGGGCGCCUGGCUCCGGAGCUGCCCCGCGCCGCGUAAUUCAGAGCGCAAAAAGCGAGCGGGUUCGCGCUGCCGCUGCGGUCGGAGCGCCCGCCGAGGUUCGCUUGGCCCUCUGCGGACGCCUUCGGACCCAUGGAGAGGGACCCCGGCGGAGCGAGGCGCCGAUCCGCUCCCUCCUCCUUCUCCCCCUCCUCCCCUUGCCCGAGAGCUGCCCGCACUUCUUCCUAGAAGUCCCAACUCGCUUCCGAGGCCGGGGAGUCCCUUCAUGCCCCUUCUCGUCCAGCGCCAGCGCGCAGGAACUACCCCAUCGCCCUUCCGCGUGCGCGCUUGCCCCCGAGGGGGCGUCCUUCCUCCGCCGCCCCUCCCUGCGCCUGAAGAUGCACUUGCACCGGGCUCUGCUGCUCCUCUCCCUCCUGAGAUUGGCCACCGUCAGCCUGUCGCUCUCCUCCUGCACGACGCUGGACCUGGAGCACGUCAAGAAGAAGAGGGUGGAGGCCAUCCGGGGCCAGAUCCUGAGCAAGCUGCGCCUCACCAGCCCCCCGGAGACUGUGGGACAGAGCCACGUGCCCUACCAGAUCCUGGCUCUUUAUAACAGCACCCGGGAGCUUCUGGAGGAGAUGGAGGAGGAGAAGGACGAGAGCUGCUCCCAGGACCACACCGAGUCCGAAUAUUACGCCAAGGAGAUCCACAAAUUUGACAUGAUCCAGGGCUUCCCGGAGCACAAUGAACUGACUUACUGCCCCAAAGGCGUAACUUCCAACAUGUUCCGAUUCAAUGUGUCUUCGGCAGAGAAGAACAGCACCAACCUCUUCCGGGCUGAGUUUCGGGUUCUGCGGGUGCCAAACCUUAGUUCCAAACGCACUGAGCAGCGUAUUGAACUCUUCCAGAUCCUGAAGACCGAUGAGCACAUUGCAAAGCAGCGUUACCUCAGUGGCCGGAACGUGAUGACACGGGGCUCCCCUGAGUGGUUGUCCUUUGAUGUCACAGAGACUGUGCGUGAAUGGCUUUUGCAUAGAGAGAGAAACCUUGGACUGGAGAUCAGCAUCCAUUGCCCAUGUAACACCUUCCAGUCUAAUGGCGACAUCCUGGAGAACUUACAUGAGGUGCUGGAGAUCAAGUUCAAAGGCAUUGAGAAUGAGGAUCACCAUGGGCGUGGGGACUUGGGGAGCCUGAAGAAGCAGAAAGACCUUCACAACCCCCACUUGAUCUUGAUGAUGAUGCCCCCCCACCGGCUUGGGAGUCCAGCCUUGAAAAGUCAGAGAAAGAAAAGAGCGCUGGACACUAAUUACUGCUUUAGGAACCUGGAGGAGAACUGCUGUGUGCGCCGUCUCUACAUUGACUUUCGGCAAGACCUGGGCUGGAAAUGGGUCCAUGAACCCAAGGGGUACUUUGCCAAUUUUUGCUCUGGACCAUGCCCAUAUCUCCGCAGUGCAGACACAACUCACAGCACGGUACUUGGCCUAUACAAUACAUUGAAUCCUGAAGCAUCUGCUUCCCCCUGCUGUGUGCCCCAGGAUCUGGAGCCUCUUACCAUCCUGUACUAUGUUGGACGAACCCCCAAAGUCGAGCAGCUCUCCAAUAUGGUGGUGAAAUCCUGCAAAUGCAGUUGAAAGGGACCUAGUGCUAACCACAGCUGAGAAAUUGCAAUUAUCCACUCUCCACUCCCAGAUCAAAGGCAAAGAAACAAGUACUUGGAGGAAGGCCUGGUUUUUUUUACACGGCAACCAAGGACAAACUACUCACUUUGUAGACCUUUAAAAACAAACAACUCACCUCUCUGCCUUUGUGCCUCUGUCACUUUUUCUCUGGGAGUUACUUUUGCCAAUAUGGAGGCUUGGGAAAGCAGACACAAAUACUGACUAGACAAGGAAAACCAAAUGAGAAUUUCACUCAAAGAGGCAAGGAUUAGCAGAGCUGUGGACAGAUGGAGACAUCUUAUCCCUCUACUAGCUUUUCUGCGAGCCCAGCCUUUCCUACACAAGGAUGAAGAUACCCUUACAAAGGAACAUAUUUUCCUAGAGCCAGACCGUAACGGAAAUAAUUAUUCUGCAUACAAGUUGGUGCAGGAGUCUGUGGUCCAAAUUGCUCAGAACAACCAGUUCAGAGAGAACCUAGUGACUAUGAUUAAGUCUCCUACAGCUUCUCUGUUUCUGGAGUGCCUGCUAGAUUACUUCUGGGUAAGAGUGGGCCGCAAAUACAGGAUUCUUUGAAAAUUACUGAGUCUAUAGGCAGUCAGCUUCAAAGGAUCCAGUAUUUGCUGCAGUGACCGAGGUAUUAUAAGGAACUCUGCACAUCUUGUGCACAAGGACCUGGCCCAGGCCAUACCAGCCAAGGGUUUAUAAAAAAAGUAUUAAUCUCAAAUAUUGUAAAAAAAUAAAUUUUGGAAAUUGGAA